AUGUCUUUCGCAUCACUUAGAAGGAGCACUGGCAGUCUGGAGAAGACAAGGUACAUCAAGGGCACAUUCUUGGUCUUGAGACCUGACACAGACAAUGAGUUGUUCUGGCUCGCCACAGCACUAGAAGAUGUAUCAUAUAAGAAUAGUGAGGUCUAUGUUAGAUGGCUAAACAAGGUUGAUGGAUCUGACUAUGAAUUCGAACUGGCAUCCACUGUGCAAUCAUGCAAGAUUCCAGUGGAUUCGGUUUUGGUCACGACAAAGUUGUCGUCUAGCGCACGAGACAAGGACAAGGAAGGCGAAUCGACACUGUACAAAAUAUCAAAGACUGAAUACAAUAGGAUCAAGUUGUUGGCCGAAGAGGACAGAGAGGAGGAGGAGAACGAGGACGAGGAGGAGGAGGAGGAAGAAGAGGAGGAGGCCGAGGAGGAGAUGAAGGUAGAGGCUCCUGUCCAGCCUGUGACCACCUCCAAGAAGAAGGCGGCAGAGACCAAGGCCAAGUCUCCAGCCAAGAAGUCUCCGGCCAAGAAGGCCACCACAGUGGCCAAGACCAAGAAGGAGACCACCGAGGCGCCCGCCAAGGAAUCAAAGAAGGACGCCAAGACCAAUGGCAAGCCAGCCAAGAAGGAGACCAAGAAGAAGAAGAAAGAGGAGUCGUCAUCAGAGUCAUCAGAGUCCGAGUCCGAGUCAGACUCGGACGACAAGAAGAAGAAGAAGACCCCCGUCAAGAAGACCGCCACACCAAAGAAGGAGACAGCCAAGAAGGAGACGGCCAAGAAGGACAAGAAGAAGGACAAGAAGAAGAAGAAGGAUGAGUCAUCAUCAGAUUCGUCGGACUCUUCUUCGUCCGACUCGUCAGAGGACGAGAAGUCCAAGAAGAAGAAGAAGGCCAAGAAGGACACAGAUGAGAAGGAGAAGAAGGAGACAGCAGCAGCAAAGAAGAAGAAGGCAGCAGCAGAGAAGAAGGAGACCAAAAAGAGGAAGAAGUCCGAGGCCAGCUCGGACUCUGAGGCUGAGAAGCCCAAGAAGAAGUCCAAGGCCAAGGCCGGCGACGCUGCGACCAAGACUGAGAAGCCCAAGAAGAUGACAAAGGCUGAGCAGAGGCAGCUGCUCAAGAAGGGCAACCCCAACCCCGAAAUCCAGAUCGUGGACGCUGAUCCCACCUUUGAGUCGCAGAGCGUCACCAUCCCGCUGUGCUGCUACCUCUGCACGGCCAAGGAGGCCAUCCGCGCCGUCCUCACCAACAACAUGAUGCUGCUCAGCACAUUGGUCGCGCGCAACGACUACAAGUCACUAUCAUCUUGGAGGACGCCAAGAACGACAAGAAGAAGCGUCCCAACAUGCCAUCCCUUCAACAAGGACUCCACUGGCUCAUUCACCAAGCACACCUAUGGUCACUACAACAUCGCUGCUCUCAACGUCAGUCGUGGCGGCAAGGAAGGCAAGGAGGCUUUCCUCCAGGACAGAGAAAGCUACGAAGCAGAGACUGAGUUUGAUAAUGUUUGGGAUUUGAUACAGACUGCGAUGGAGUCAAGCACCUUGCAGGUCGCCACGUUGAACGAGUUGAUCAAACUCCUGCCCAACUCUGAGAUCCACAUGCACCAGAGGAUAUUUGUGGCAGUCAGAGCCGGCAACAUUGUGUUGGCCGAGAACUUGAUACGCUCACUCGAGAAGAGGGGUGGCUUCGGAUUCAACGCCCUCCACUACGAGACGCUUCAGACCAAUGGCGCCGAGCUGACGCCAUUCAAGUCGGUGUCAGUCACCAAGAAACCAGUCGGCAACAGCAACAUGUCGCCAAUCCAUUGCGCCGCCAUCAAUCCCAAGGACAAGUACCUCAAGGCGCUGUUGGAUUCGGUGUCCGAGCCAGGCCGUCCCGAUCAGCAGCAGUACAGGCCCAUUCACUAUGCUGCUACGGCCACCACCGAUGCCACCACCAAGGCUUCUCAUCGCCAAGGGUGUUGA